GGAUCACUUGUAACGUCGCCUUUUUUGAACAGUUCCCUUUUUUCUCUGAGUCGAGUCCUCCAUCUAUGUUGUUCUUGUCUUCUGCGUCUACCUUACCUAUGUUCGACGAGAAUGAUGGUGAUAUUGCGGGUGACCUUCCCCCCACCCCCCGGAUGAUGAUGAUGCCCCGCUCGAUCUGACUCCCCCGGCCUCGCCUGCUUCCUCAUCCGCGGCUUCACCGUCCACUGGUACCACUGGUACACAGGACUCCUCAAGUGCAUCACCAUCCACCGCCUCCAGCUCCCUCGCAUCAGCAGCUGCUUCCAGCUCCCCCACGUCAGCCGCUGCUUCCAGCCAGCUCACCGAGUCUCCGGCUACUCCUCCUAUGCCCCGUCGAUCAACGCGCUCCACGCUGGGCCAGCCCCCGCUUUGGUUCCAGGACUAUCAUGCAUAUGGGGUUGACUCGGUCCCCAUUCCUACACGCUACAAGCAAGCCCAUGGUGAUCCAGUGUGGGAUAACGCCAUGGACGUGGAGAUUGAUGCUCUCCAUGCAAACGGAACUUGGACUGUGGUUGAUCGCCCACCUCCCCCAGUGCCUGUCGUGGGGAUUAAGUGGGUAUACAACAUCAAGUUCCUCCCGGAUGGUUCGAUUGAGCGGCAUAAAGCCCGGGUGGUUGCCCAGGGGUUCACUCAGGAGCACGGUGUGGAUUAUGAUGAGACUUUCGCUCCCGUCGCGAAGAUGCCUACUGUUCGGACACUGCUAGCUGUUGCAGCUGUUCGUGAUUGGCCUCUAUAUCAGUUGGACGUGAAGAAUGCCUUUCUUCAUGGCGAUCUGAAGGAAGUUGUGUAUAUGGAACCUCCUCCUGGGUAUAAGUAUGCUUCUCCUGGUCAGGUUUGCCUUCUUCAUCGAUCUCUUUAUGGACUCAAACAGGCACCCCGUGCCUGGUUUGAGAAGUUUCAUGCUACUAUUCUAGCCUUGGGACUUCGUCAAAGUCUCAAUGAUCCGUCCCUCUUCACGAAGACCUCGGCGGCAGGUAUUGUUGUUCUUUUACUAUAUGUUGACGAUAUGGUGGUUACAGGAGAUGAUGUGGAGGGAAUUCGGUCUUUGAAGAGUGGCCUGCAGGCUGCAUUUAGUCUGAAGGAUUUGGGGGACCUUCGAUACUUCUUGGGCCUCGAGAUCACUCGGUCUUCUCAGGGGAUCACUCUUCACCAGACUAAGUAUAUCAAAGAUCUUCUUUCUGAGCAUCAGUUUGACUCCUGCACUCCGGUACGCACUCCCAUGGAGCUCAACCUGAAGCUUCAUAAGGAGUCUGGUCCUCUGCUAGCCGAUGGUGCAGCUUACAGGAGCAUUGUUGGUAGCUUGAUUUACUUGGCUGCUACCCGCCCAGACAUUUCUUAUGCUGUACAGAUUGUCAGUCAGUUCAUGGCUGCUCCGCGCCAGGAUCACCUUGCCGCAGUUCAUCGUAUUCUCAGGUAUCUGAAGGGGACUAUGGAUGUUGGCCUGUUCUUCUCCUCUCAGGGUUCGAUGGCUCUUCAGGCCUUUUCAGACUCUGACUUCGCUGGGUGUGUGGACACUCGCCGGUCUACCUCAGGAUGGUGUAUUCGUUUUGGUUCUUCUUUUAUCUCUUGGAGGAGUAAGAAGCAGGAUCGGGUUUCUAAGUCGUCGACUAAGGCAGAGUACAUGGCUAUGUCCGAGGUUUCAUCUGAGGUGAUAUGGCUUCAACGUCUGCUUGCUGAUUUUGGUGUCUCCUGUUCGUCUCCUGUGGAUUUGUUCGUGGACAACACUAGUGCUAUUCAGAUUGCUGUUAACCCAGUUAUGCAUGAGCGGACCAAGCAUAUUGAGCUUCAUAUCCACUACGUUCGGGACUUGGUUCGUGAUGGGGUCCUGCAUGUGCAUUAUGUGGCAUCCGAGGAUCAGAUCGCUGACCUUCUCACUAAGUCUCUUCCCAUCAGUCGCCAUUGGUACCUGUCAGGCAAAUUGAUGCUUCGUGACCGGCAUCAAUUUGGGGGAGGCUGUUAGUGUGUAUAGGGCUCGGCCCAUGUAUAUGUACAUAUGUAUCCACGUCCUUGGCCCAUCCCAUGCAUACGUAGACUUGAUGAAUGCAUGGAUUAGGGUUUAGGUCAUAUGUAGGUCAUAUAUAUUCCUCUGUACUCUUGGUUGAAAGACUUAAGCUGAAUAAGAGACCGCCGUUCUCCGUGGACUAGUCGGUAUUGCUCUCUGCAAUACUGGAAACCACGUAUAUCGUUUGUUCUGUUACUUUCAGCUCACAGGUUUACUAACACAUCCAUCAGACCAUCACUGAUCUGCACUGCACACUCUAUAUAUAUUGUUUAUCCAAAGAUACCCUGCCUAAUUUUGCCGUUUGGGGUGUGAUAAUUAAUAGUAUUGAUUAGAAGUAAUUAAUCAGAGGAAUUUUAGAAUGCUACGUAGGUAAUAAUGUUUUUAUGUACAAAUUGAAUGUCUCCUAACGUGCAAAAUUUGUGUGUAUUGUGAAGAAUUUUUACAAAAAGUACAAAUUGAAUUUGUACUACAACGUCGGAUAUAUGUUCAGUUUGUACUAUAAAAAAAAAGUACGACAAAAAUAUAUGUACAAACCGAAUUUGUACAGGUUAAAUGUGCACAUUUAAUUUGUAUCUAACCGAUUUGAGGCCGACCUGUGUGCAUUCAAUAGACAAGGACGGCUGCAAUGGUACAUGGUGUUCAUGGCCCUUCUAUAUUUGGGACCAUAGCCCUGAAUCACAUGCAAUUGAAAGCCUUUGUAUUAGGGUGAUUGUAAGGUUCGGUCCGGUUAAAUUGGUGUGAACUGAUUCGGUCUCAGUCCGGUCUUUUCGAGAAUAUAAGGACUAAAGAUUGGAUUGGAUACAGUACGGUUUUGAUCCGGUCCGGUCCCAAUUCAGUUUUUAUUUUAGAUUGAGCUUGUGGGGAUUUGAGUGGCCUGAGGGGGAAUUUGAGUGGCUUAAGGAGGUUAAAUUUUGGGUGUUGGGCUCUCUUAUCCGGUCUUUGGUCCGGUCUCAAAUUAUUUUUUUUAUCUCAAAUCUAGGCCCAAAAAUUGGAUUGGAUUAUUUGCUAUCCGGUCCCGAUCCGGACUUGGUCCGGAUUAUACAAUCCAAUUUCGAGUAAAACCAAAAAGCUCGAACCAAAUAGCCAGACCUACUUUGUAUUAUAUAAUAUCUGCCCUUCACCCACCCCACCACUUUCUAGGGGUGUUCAAACGGUUUGGUCACCGUGGUAACCGUUUUAACCGGUACCAUUUGGAUAAUUUGGUUUGGUUAAUUUGGAUAAUUGGUUUGGUUUGGUUAAAGUUUUUAGCUUGUUUGGUUUAGGUGGUUUGGUUUGGUUUCACACUCCUAACCAGUCAAACCAAAUUAACCAGUUAAGUAAUU